AUGGUGAAGAAGAGCAAGAAGAGUAAGAGUAAGAGAGUUUCAUUGAAGAAGAAGUACAAGGUGAUACGGAAGGUGAAAGAGCACAACAGACAAAAAGCGAAGGAAGCGAAGAAGCUUCGGCUGAGUGGGAAAAAGAAGGUUGAGAAGGAUCCUGGUAUUCCCAAUGAUUGGCCCUUUAAGGAACAUGAACUCAAAGCCCUUGAAGCUCGAAGAGCGAGGGCCAUUGAGGAAUUGGAGCAAAAGAAAGCUGAACGCAAGGAGAGGGCUCGUAAAAGGAAAUUGGGCUUGCUAGAGGAGGAAGAUGACUCUAAGUUGCUAGAGGAUUCUAAAAAAAAUACUAAUGAUUUUGAUAGCUCAGAUAGAGCCUUUUACAAGGAUCUUGUUAAGGUCAUUGAAGCCUCUGAUGUCUUACUGGAGGUCCUUGAUGCCCGGAACCCUUUGGGGACUCGCUGUCCUGAGAUGGAAAACAUGGUGAUGAAAUUGGGUCCUGAUAAACGUCUUGUCUUGGUUUUAAAUAAAAUUGAUCUUGUGCCUGAAGAAGUUUUAGAGAAGUGGCUCAAAUACCUUAGAGAAGAAUUACCUACUGUGGCCUUCAAGUGUAGCACACAACAACAAAGAUCAAACGUUGGAGCUGAUACUCUACUCAAAUUGUUGAAGAAUUACUCAAGAAGUCAUGAGAUCAAGAAGUCAAUAACUGUGGGUUUGAUUGGCUUGCCCAAUGUGGGUAAGAGUAGUCUUAUUAAUAGUUUAAAAAGGUCUCAUGUUGUCAAUGUUGGAUCUACUCCGGGGUUAACAAGGUCAAUGCAAGAGGUUCAAUUGGACAAAAAUGUUAAGUUGCUAGAUUGUCCUGGUGUUGUUAUGCUGAAGUCUCAAGAAAAUGAUGCUUCCAUUGCCUUAAAAAAUUGCAAGAGGAUUGAGAAGUUAGAUCCUAUUAGCCCAGUGAAGGAAAUUCUAAAGCUCUGUCUGCCUGAGCAGCUGGUAACUCUGUACAAAAUUCCCAGUUUCAAUGUAGGUGAUGUUGACGACUUUCUGCUGAAGGUAGCUGAAGCUAAGGGCAAGCGCACGAAGCGUGGAAUAUUUGACGUUGCUACUGCUGCAAGAAUUGUUCUUCGUGAUUGGAACGAGGGUAAAAUCCAGUAUUAUACCAUGCCCCCAAAUAGGGAUCAAGGUGAACCUUCAGAGGCGAAGAUAGUUUCUGAAUUUGCAAAAGAGUUUAACGUUGAUGAAGUCUAUAACAAUGAAUCUUCAUAUAUUGGGAGCCUUAAAUCUGUUGAUGACUUCAAUGUUGUUGAAGUUCCUUCAAGUCACCCUCUCAAUCUUACUGAAAUGAUGUUGGAGGAUGAGACAGAAGCGAAGUCAGGUGACCAAGGCGAAGGUCCCGGAAAUGUGGGUGAGGUGGAUGAAUCCAAGGAAGAUGAUGGUGGGAAGAACAAAGAUAACAGUGCAUCAAGUAGGCAAAAUGAAAAAUUAUACACUGCGGACGGUAUGCAUAAUACAAAAAUGUGGCGCGCAGAGAAGAAGAAAAGAAAAAAGGCUAAGAAAGCUUCAAUGGAUGGUGAUUACGAUUUCAAAACUGAUUAUUUCCAAAAUGAGGAUUCUGGUGAUGAACCAGUCAACUCUGAAGUGCCUAUGUCUGCUAUCCAAAUUGAUGAAUUAUAAACAAGCCAGCACUAUUUAAACCAUUAUUAAAUUAUAUUCAAUUUUAAGACA